UUCUCGUUUUCACUCUACAACACUUACAUUAACAAUCUACAAUGACUGGUCGCGGUAAAGGAGGAAAAGGUCUUGGAAAGGGAGGUGCUAAGCGUCAUCGCAAGAUUCUUCGUGACAACAUUCAGGGCAUUACCAAGCCUGCUAUUCGUCGUCUUGCCCGCCGUGGCGGUGUUAAGCGUAUCUCUGGUCUCAUCUAUGAGGAAACCCGUGGUGUUCUGAAAGUCUUCUUGGAGAACGUCAUCCGUGAUGCCGUUACUUACACUGAGCACGCCAAGCGCAAGACUGUCACAUCUUUGGAUGUUGUCUAUGCCCUCAAGCGUCAAGGACGUACCUUGUACGGUUUCGGAGGUUAAACGUAUACUUCAAUAUUAAUUCGAAACGAUUGCAGAAGAUAGA